CAUCUUGCAGUUGCUUCCCAGUUUAGAUACACGACAGUAAGCCAUCUCAGACGAACUCUAGCUAGGAGCUUCCUAGCUAGCUAUGGCUUCCACGGCGAGCUUCUUGGCCGCGAUCAUGGUGUGCGCGGUCCUCUCCAGCAACACGUGCCAUGGCACACGCAACUUGGCCGACACUACUCCUCCGGCUUCCCCUACCGCUGCUCCUGUCCCUGGCAUCCCAGCGGUGCCGACCUUGCCGGCAGUGCCCACGGUGCCGGCCGUGACUGUGCCGCAGGUGACACUGCCGCCUAUGCCGGCUGUGCCUGUUCCCACGGUGCCAGCUGUGACCGUGCCACCUAUGUCAACCAUGCCCACCGUGCCGCAGGUGACACUGCCGCCUUUGCCGGUUGUUCCUUCCGUGCCCAAGAUGACGAUGCCCCCGAUGCCUUCCAUUGUCGUGCCAAAGUUGACCAUGCCGCCGAUGCCCGCAAUUGUUGUGCCGAAGGUGACAAUGCCGCAGAUACCUGCCAUCCCGAGCAUCAAUGUGCCUAUGCCGUUUCUGGCGCCGCCUCCGUCUGCAUAGGCGCCUCUCAGCACACACGACGGUUCUUUUGCCAUGUCGAUACUUGGCGCACUUCAUGUUGCAAUGGCUACAUCACUGUGGUUGUUACUGCUACCACAGAGUAUUUGUUCUUUUCAAGUGUAUGUCUUACAUUUUAAGCCUUAUGUUUUUUAAUUCUGUAUACACGUCGACAUAUGUAUUGUUAGUUUCCAUUGAUGGUUGAGGUUGUCCCAUUGUAGGUAUGCAACAUUUCUACGUGUAUAUGUUACAUUUACAUCACAUUCUCAUCAUAUUUAUCUAUA